AUCCCAUAGAAAGGAGUGAUCGCUACUCGUUUGACCCUGUCAGAUAUAUUACAUAUCAUGAUAAUCGUAUCUCAAGUCGUCCACCGUUCCCGCUUUAAGGCUGCGUGCGCCCUAUACCGACACAGUCAUGUCUGGGAACAUCCAACACCGCAUCCUCCAUCGGACCGUCCCUCUAAUAUGUCAGGCUUUGAUCACUUCUCCCGACGAUGAAACAGUGUGGCUCGAGGGCCUCCGACUACUAUCUUCAGCAAAACUUCGUCAUGCGCUACCGCACACAUCUUCGAUAUGGCUUCCUCUGUUAUUGAAGGGUUUGGAGGUGACAAGAUCGGAAGGAAUUAUAUUGGAGUCCCUCAGACUGCUUAUUGAAGCCGCGGACACACUUGAGCCCAUGAAAAGCUGCCUCAUUAAGCCUCUUCGCUCUCUCGCAAAAGUUGCUAACCUUGCUGGAACGGAAGAGUUGAUUUUAGUUGUGAACUGUCUCGGUAUCAAAGUUUGGGAUAGCAAAAACAAUGCUAUCGGUAGUGAUGCCCCUAACCAGCGUGACAAUCGAACUGAAUUGGCCCGAGAUUUGUCUACGCAAGAGCCGCCACAGCACCCCUUAUUGUCUGAAAUUCUUGCACACAACUUACCACCAAAGCCACGAAGUGUUCAGCACACAUGGACAAAUACGCUUCUUUCUUCUCCCAAUGAUAGUCCUUCACUUUGGCUUCACAAUCUGUAUCAGGCAACCCUAGAGGCCAGUAACAUCCCCGAAAUGACUGUCACGUCUAGAUUGGGGCCGCUUAUCAACGCGGAACUAUUCCAGACGGCCUUUGCCAAGUGUUACCUGCAGCUAGAGGAUGAUGCUGCGUUCAAGGCGGUCGUUGAUGAAGCGAUAGUCUCUCUGUUGUCAGACAAGACUGUGAACAAAGAAAUUUUGAUCAUGUUCUUGGAUCUUCUGGCCUUUUGCACGAAAGAUACAACGCCUUAUUUUAGUCCCAAAGUCUUUGAGGCUGCAAAAAUGUGUGCCUUACAAUGCUUCCACGGCGGUCUGAAUCAGACACUGCCUGGGGUGAUCUUGUGGUACAUUGAGCAACAAGCAGAAGCACUUCCUACUCCGGAAAGCAUAUCUAACCUUGUAGAAGCUAAUAUCAGAGUCGGAACUGGGGGCUAUGAUGCCGCAUGGAGUACCUUGUUAUGGUUGGAGAAUGAUUGGAAUAUUGAGCCUCAACCGAUGUGGAUUACCUCACUCAGUCACUGGCAGCAGGCUCUCAGCGCUCAAGACAAAAUCGACAAAAAUCAACAAGCUACUAUGUAUUCUUCAUUCAACCUGCGAAUGAUCUGCUACCAUGCCCUUGGGAAUUAUCAAAAAGGCUAUGACUUGGCUCAGAACUUCUUUGAAGGUCUUGAUGACAAUGAACGACGAAACACGGCGCACUGGGCAACCGCAGCUGCAUGGCAUAUGGGAGAUUUUGAUACAAUGGCAGAUCACCUUGCGUUUCAUCCCAGAGGCACAAGUAAAUCUUUGUACAAGGCUAUCAUCGAUGUACACAAUGAACAGUAUGCUUCGGCCUUCCAUCACAUCAACAAAGCUCAAAGUCUCUCUUACGAUGAGCUACAGAUGCAAUUGGGAGCUGGGCUGCAAGUCGCGCUGAAGAGUUUAGCCAAAACAGAGUUCUUGGUUGAAUUACAGGAGGCGAUUCAGUAUAAGUCUCAACCGGAGCUACGCCCAACCAUUCUUGCCACUUGGAAAACACGUUUCAAACGGAGCCAUGCCGAUGCUAAUUCGUGGUUGAAGCGCCUUGAAAUAUGGACACUUGCGUGCUCACCAAAAACUUUUGAGCUGCAGGAUUGCUUUCUCAAGACUGCAAAACUAUGCGAAAGUGCAGGAAUGCAUGAAGCUGCUCGAUCCAUAAUUAAGCGUAUAACUCCAGAGGUAACCCUUCCAGGUUGCAAAGUGGAAUAUACGAAAUUGAGAUUUCAAUGGAAAGAUGUAUUUCAAAGACACGACCAGAAUGGAAUGGAAGAUGCUUUAGAAAGGCUUUACAUUCACACGCGUCGAUAUCUUGAAUAUAUCAACGUCAACAAACAUGAGCUUGAAGCAUCUGCUCUCGGUUUGCAGCCUCUCUCCAAAACUGAAAAUCUUAGUACGCUUGAACGAAAGGUAAUUGCCAGACGCUACUACCGUCUAGGAGAAUGGACGUCUGUUUUGCAGGGGUCUGAAUGGCUACAGGAUCGAGAAUCCACAGUUCUCAUGUAUACGUCUUUAGCGGCAAAGCUAGAUGUUUCCUGGCAUGAGGCAGCAUUUUCUCUCGCUGAACGGUCUGUUACACUGUUUGAGAGUAACGGAUUCUCAAGGUAUGAUGGGGUGGCGGUAGGUAGCUAUAUCGUCCCGGCGCUGAGAGGCUUGUUCCAAGCCGCACGUACCAAGGAAAGCCCAGAGUUCAUUAUUAAAGCACUCUUGCGAUUAGUCACGCUUUGGUUCAGAUUUGGGGAGAGUCAAGCCGUGCUUGUGGAAGUGGAGAAUCAACUCAACAUAACCGAUGUUGAACCCUGGUUAUCCGCUAUCCCGCAGCUCAUUGCUCGUCUAGGUACCCCUCAAAAAGAUCUCCAGUGUACAUUGAUUAAGCUAUUAAGAACUAUAUCCUCUCAUUACCCGCAUGCUGUUAUUUGGCCUCUCUUGACUGCUACUCAAACUCGCAAAGUAGAACACCAAGAGGCGGCGAGGGUUAUUAUGGAUUAUAUCUGCACCAUGGCCGAUGGCACUCGUUUAGUUGAUCAAGCCGAAUUAGUUGGAAGAGAGUUGAUCCGCACUUCUAUAUCCAAAUGGAGGGGUAUUAUUGAUGGUUUUCUCCCCAGGCAGGACCUCAUGGAGAUAAAGUGGCAAGAUAUCCCAGAGAUUUGGGAAGAAGAUCUCAGAAUGUUAACAAACCCGGAGACUCCAGAUGAGCAUCAGUUUGUUUUGCAAUAUGGCGAACAACUACACCUGGUCGACAAGACCCUGAUCCGGUACAAUUCAAGCAGACAGCUCAAUCUUGUUAACAACGCAUACAGCACGUUGUAUCGACUUUAUGGAGAGAUUGAAGCACAGCUGAAUCAAUGGAGAUUACCAGGCAUGAAACUUCACUUAGCAAGCACUGCUCCUCGGCUUCUCAGUUUGCGAGACUGCAUUUUAACAGUACCUGGGCUCUAUGACCCACAUAUCAAGCUUGACGACCAAGCAUUCAUCGACGGCUUUCAACCGGUAGUCCACAUUCUUUCCUCAAAGCAGCUUCCUCGAAAACUUCUCAUUCAGUCAUAUCUUUCUGAUCACACGUUCCUGCUGAAGGGUAACGAAGAUCUUCGAGGUGACGAACGUAUUAUGCAAUUAUUCAAUCUCAUCAAUACUCUUCUAAAUCAUCGUUCAGAUGCCUUUAGCCGAAAUUUGCAUCUUUUGCCUUACGAAGUAGUACCUCUUUCGCCGUCGGCAGGUCUUGUCAGCUGGGUAUCCAACACUCAACAGCUGCAAUCGAUGAUUCAAGCAAAUCGAGACAAGCACAAACGAAAUGCACUUACUAACCGGGAGCUGGGCUCGCUAUUAGGGUAUGAUCCAGAUGUGUUUAAUCCUAAUAAUCCAAAACUGGAUGCAACAGCUGAGAUGGGCAAAUAUGACAAACUGCCGUUACUUAUAAAAGUCCAGCGGCUCAAAGCAGCUCUUUCUCAUUCGAAUCAAAGUGAUAUCAAAGAUGUCUUGUGGCAGAGAAGCCCAAGUGCUGAUAUCUGGAUCAAAAGGAGGACCAACUUUGCUAGAACAGUUGGAGUUGCAAGUUUUGUUGGAUAUAUCAUUGGAUUGGGCGACAGGCAUGGGAGCAAUAUUUUGGUUGAUCAGCUAACAUGGGGCGCACUUCAUAUCGAUUUUGGUGAUCUAUUCAAUGUUGCUCAAGAGAGAUCCUUCUUGCCUGAAAAGGUACCAUUCCGUCUCACCCGAAUGAUGACUAAUGCAUUUGAACUUGCAUCGCAAGGGGAUUUGGAAACACCUGGGUCAGCGGGAACAUUCAAACAAGCUUCUUUCAUAACAAUGGACGUUUUGCGUGGCAGUAGGAGCACAUUACUUGCAAUGUUGGAAGCUUUCUUGUAUGACCCUUUGCUUUCGUGGACAUCGAGUCAGAACAACCCCUCAGGUACGACCAGAUUAGAAGAAGCUGUUCUUCGCGAAGCUCCCAAAGUUGGAGCCUCUUUGGAAGGGUUAAAGUCCAAAGCUGGACAGAAAGAUUCUUCCCAGGGCACUCAAUCACAACAGGGCGAGACCAAAGAUCUGUCGAUACAAGAAGAUUCGCUCCCCUAUGAGCAACUGGAUAACUCGUUGACAUCCACUUGCCUUCGCACUGACUCGUAUAUGGCAAGAGUUUCCAGUACUGAAAUGACGAACAGUAAGGCGCUGCAAGUACUUACUCAGAUAGAACGAAAACUAGUCGGUCUUCACAACACUAACUCUGAACAGCCAUUCAGUGUCAGCAAGCAGGUACAGGAGUUGAUCAAAGAAGCUACCAAUCUACAGAAUCUGUCUCAAGGCUACGUGCUUGGAUGGAUCCCACAUUGGUAGUUGACUGAACCCUUUGUUUCAAUACUAGCAAUAAUCCCGACACGAGCGCCAGAAUGCUAUAAUUAUAGCAUAUGACAUAGUCUAAUCGGUGGUGUGAGCUACAGGAUCAGGGGAAAGAUCUUGUGUAUUUUGCUAUCUCAAUCAUGAAGUAAAUACCAUUGUAGUAGAAGGACGAUCGCAUGAAUAACCUUCUUGCA